GCCGGUCGACUUUCCCGACCGGCGGAAGUCGCGCGGUUUCGCGGUAAAGCGUCGCGCCGUGGCGCGACGAUGACGCGCGACGUCUAGUUAUUUCGGAUGUAUAUCAGCGAGGAGGAUAGUGGGGACGACGGCGGUUGCCGUCUGAUCUCCGUGCGUCAGUGCGUCGACGUCGACGGGACACGCGGGACGUCGGAGAAGCGACGGCCGCUCGACGACGAGGAGGACGAGCGCGCGGGUGACGACGAUCUUCUCGACGACGGCGCGAAGACGCCGGAGAAGCGCGCCGCGCCGCCGGGCAUUCUGAAGAAAGUCGCCGAGCCGUCGACGGAGAGGCCGCGGGAGUUUCGCAAGAAUCAGUCGUGGAAGGGCCCCUCGCGGAUCGUCCACGACGUGCACGUGCUCAAGGCGUCCCGUAGGAGCGCGAGCUUCAUCUUGAGUCGCGAAUUCGACGAGGUGACCAGGUCGCCGGAGGAGGUAGCAGCGAACGGCCCGGCCGAUCGCCGGAGCACCGUCGAGGACGAGGAGGGCCACAGGACGGUGGUGAACCCGCAGUACCGCGACACGUUGACGCGAUCGGUCCAGGCGUCCUCCAAGCGGGGAGGACGUGCUCUCAGGAGAAGCGUCUCCGCGCCCGGGACCGGCGAGCAGACCACGGAUGACCACGAAACCGUCAAAGAGCUCCCGCGAGAGAAGCGAGGCGAGGCGAGCGAGAAGACGAAGGAUACCAAAGAACAAGUUCGUCUCAGAAACUGCCCGUCGGCGCGGAGCUCCUCGGAUUCGCGAGUCGUCGACGGCGUCCAGGUGAGCAGGUACCGCUCGAGAACGGAGUCGCGAUCGAGCCGAGUCCGCGACUCGCAGGAUUUCGCGACGAAGACAGAGCAGCUGGUCGCCCGACGCGCGCUCGCGCCGCAGUUCGAGCCCGCGCGACGCGCCAGGGCCUCUUCCUUCGUGAUCGAGCGGAAGAGGCAUCGGCUGCACGCUAAGACGUCCUCGAGGUCCACGGAGGACCUCUCGCAGUGCCCGAUCGAGCCCGGCGCCGAUGGAAUGCGGAACUGCGGCGGUAGCGCCGUGGCCGGUGUCCGCGAGGACGAGGGCUGCGUUCUGCUCGGGGUGCGAUCGCUCGAGGAAGCGCCCCAGAGCGGCCUGGUGCCGCGGCAGGACGACAGAUGCACCAGGAGGGACCGCGAGCGCGCGAGGAUACUGAGGAGGAAGAGGAUCAACGGCAGGUCCGCCUCGGUGCCCAGAUUGAACAGACACCUGGACAAAGGGAGCGACCUUGCCGAGGCGGCGAGCGCGAGCGGGCUGCGCGAGCUCGCGAGAUCCUUGAAACAACACCUGCGUGGAUUCGGCUCCCGGCUAGAGGACAGACGCGAGUACCUGGAGGACACAUCGAGAUGCUGCCUCCUGCAGGAUCGCGCCUACGAGUGGGCGCAGGAGGCUCGCAUGGCGAGCGAGAGGAGGUCCCAGCAAUUCCUGAUGGCGAGGCCGCCUCUGCCGCCCGAACACUUCACCGAGAUGAUGGCAUUGGCGGAGAAGCUCGGUAACGAGGUCCUCCUGGAGCAAUGCCGCAUCGCUAGGAACAAGUGCGCGGAAGCGCUCGAAAUUGCCAGGACCACCUCCGCUCCAGGAAGCCCCGCGAGAAGAAGAUCCUUCGCCGCUUCCGAGUCAACGUCUUGGGACGACACUUUGGCGAAAAGGACGUCCUGGGACGACAGCGACAGUAGCGCGUCGUACGCUUGUCCGAUGGAAAGCGUCGGGUCUGCCAGCAGCAGCGGCCGACCGGUGCUGGACAACAUCGCCGAGCUUCGAGAGAGCGCCGAGCAACUGCUGGACUCGCCGCCGCGGACACCGCCGCGAAGCCCGGCACCGCGAAGGCUGGUUAAGCCUCCGGUGAAUUCGCACCUGCACAGAUCAGCCAGCAUCGCGCCGGGAAUGAAGGCGAAAAAAACAAUACUGCUCAUAAUGAGGGAGAUGAUACAGACUGAACGAGACUACGUGAAAUCCCUCGAGUACAUAAUAGAGAACUACAUCCCGGAACUCGUACGGGAGGACAUACCGCAGGCGCUCCGAGGUCAGAGGAACGUGAUUUUCGGGAAUGUCGAGAAAAUAUACGAGUUUCACAGCCAGCACUUUCUGCGCGAAUUGGAGCAGUGUGAGCAAUCGCCCAUGCUAGUGGGACAAUGUUUCCUCAGACACGAGAAGAAGUUUUACCUCUACGCUCUGUACAAUAAAAACAAGCCAAAUUCGGACUCGCUCAUGGCGGAAUACGGCACGAGCUUCUUCAAGCAGAAGCAGCUGGAGCUUGGCGAUAAAAUGGAUCUCGCCAGUUACUUGCUGAAGCCGGUCCAGCGAAUGGGAAAAUACGCUCUGUUACUUCAGCAAUUAGUUAAGGCCGGCACGGAUCUGUCGGAGCAAUUGUCCGGCAAGGAGGAGAAGGAGGAGAAGGAGGACGGUAUGAAACCGAUGGUCGAGGGCGAGGCGGAUUUAAGGGCCGCCGAGCAGAUGGUGCGAUUUCAGCUGCGGCACGGAAACGACCUCCUGGCGAUGGACUCGCUACGCGAUUGUGACGUAAACGUAAAAGAACAAGGCAGACUACUGCGGCAAAACGAGUUUUUAGUCUGGCAAGGAAAGGGCAAGAAGUGCCUGCGUCAAGUUUUCCUGUUCGAAGAUCUUAUACUCUUCAGUAAAGCGAGAAGAUUCCCCGACAGGAAGAAUCUUGACAUUUAUAUCUACAAACAUAGCAUUAAAACGACGGACAUCGGUCUGACCGCCGUUAUAGCGGAUUCGCCCACUAAAUUCGAGAUCUGGUUCCGCAAGCGGAAACCGGGCGAUACGUACACGCUCCAGUGCGCGAGCGAGGACAUCAAGAAGGCCUGGACCGAGGAACUUAGCAAUCUUCUGUGGAAACAGGCGCUUCGAAACAGAGAAGUGCGCCUGGCGGAGAUGUCGAGCAUGGGCAUUGGGAAUAAACCGUGUUUAGAUAUAAGGCCUAGUGCGGAUCAGAUUAAUGAUCGCUCCAUCAGUGUAGCUCAACUCUCUAAGACACCCAGAUUUAGGAACUCCAUAGCGGUGUCGAUGUCGGAGGAUUCCAGUCGUUGCAGCAGGAGGCCGCAUAGCGUCAUCUCCGUUAGUUCGUCCUCGAGCAGCGGUGGAAGUAGCGGUCCUCCCACCACACUCAAUCUCGGAUUGGAUACGAGUCCACGACCUCAUCAUCGCAGUACUACGCUUAACAGCCAGUGCAGCGUCGAAAGCGGCAUUAUCGCUGAUAUUUCGAUCGUGUCGGACGACGGGGGUGACGGUACCGAGAGAAGUCAUUGGAAUUCAACCUUGGAGAGCCCUACGUCUCACCUACCUACGACUUCCACCCCAUUACAGUCACCGACCAGCGCGACGGCGGCAACAGUUACGCCCGCAUCUUCGACCGACACGAAUCUCACAUCUUACGAUCAAGACAUGUCUAUUAACCUGUGAAUCCUCGACACGGGGAACAGUCGCGACGAAGCGAUAAUGUGUAUCAUCAAUUCGCUCGCAAGUUUGUGUUACGUUCACGAUAAACGUAAUACAUCGUCGUGGCAUAUUUAGUUAGGUGCAAUGAGGCAAUAUCGUCGCACGCGUACUGUAGCAUUAGGGCGACAUUUGCAGCCUUGAGCAACUGAUAGUUUAACGACGUAACGGGAAAGAAUACCAAGCCGCAUGCAAUUCGGUAGCAAUUCGCCGCAUUACGCUUAACACGUGUGCCCAGCUACGAACUUGUAAUCGCAUUACAUAAACGUAGGUUAUUGUCCUAAGGCUGCGGAGAUGGUACCGAAUUUUACUACUGGCGUUCGCAGCUCCCAAGUUGAAUCUCAUCUGUCUGUGAAUCUAUCUUUUGAUACGCUUCGAAAUCCACAGACCUGUGUGAGAUGUGUGUAGCCGUUACCUGUAAAACUCACCGAGAACUCUCCUGAAGUAAUGGCAUACCUGUAUUUUCUUAUGCUGUCAUUAAUUUCACAAAUGUGCUCAAGACUACACUAGAUAGACAUGUGCUACCAAAUGUAAGAGAUUGCAUGUCGGGAUAUGCUACAGUACCAUAAACGAUAUGCACCGGUCGCCAUCCUCAUUUUCACUGGCAUUCCUGAUUACAGCGGCGGGAAAUCCCAUAUAAAUUUCCGGUGACUCUUUUACGAUAAUUUUAUAUUUUUAUUUAUAUCAUAGUUAUAAAAUAAAAUAGUAAUAUUCCAACUCCACACAUUGUGUUCGCGAUUUAUUAUAUUAAGGGAAAUAUAUGAUCGUUUUAGA